UAAUUUUCGAUAUAUGUUUAGACAUCUCAAUAUUCAAAUAAAAUCACGAUUUAAUUCAUUGAUUAUUCUCCAAAACCGAAUCUUACAUCCGGUUAAUAAAAUCUUGUUUACUGUGUGGUGAGAAGUAACACGUGGAGUAGUUGUGUAUUUUAAUUUAUGAAAGGAAUAAGUGAUACUACUUUUUUUACUUUUUAAUAAUAUGGACAUGUUUGAAUUAACUAUUUGGAAAGGUGAUUGGGGUUUACCAUCAGUUGACACGGAAUGUUUACAGGUUUUGGUUUAUGCCAAAUUUAAUGGUAUACCUUUGAAAGUCAAUGCAGUUGGUAAUCCAUUCAACAGCAACUUACCCGUAUUAAAAUAUAAUAAUUAUACGUUUACUAAAGUCAAGGAUAUAAUAGAAAUUUUUAGAGAAAAUAAUUAUAAUACAGAACAAGACUUAAGUCGAAAAGAAUGUGCGAAGAUUAUGGCGUACGAUGUUAUGUUGAAAGAAAAAUUAUUCCCAGCAUUACAGUGGCUAGAUGAGAAAAACGUGAAUGAAUUAAUAAGACCUUGGUAUUGUAAAGCAAUGCCAUUUCCAUUUAAUUUUUAUUAUCCAGCAAAAUUCGAACGGCAAGCUCGUGUUAUAUUUGAAACUUUGUACCCUGUAGAAGAUGAUAUAUCUGUUAUAGAAAAUAAGAAAUGUUUGACACUGCUAUCUACAAGCCUCGGAGAAUCGCUAUAUUUUUUGAAUGAAAAACCUACUCUGUUGGAUGCUGUUGUAUAUUCUUAUUUAGCACCAUUGCUCAAAGCUCCUUUACCAAAUCCAGCAUUGCAAAAUCACCUAAAGGCUUGUACAAAUCUGGUAACGUUCGUAGCCCGCAUAUCGGAAAGAUACUUCUCAAAUGAAUGUCACGAAUAUAAAACGAAAGAAAAAAACGCUCAAAACGUAAAACAAUAUACACACAAUGAAUUUCCUAACAAGAGACGAACUCAAUUAGUCGCUGGAUUUUUUGCUACUUUGAUGAUGGCGGCUUAUGCACUCUCAAAUGGAAUAUUAGAGGGUGUAAAUUCAUCAAAAUUUUAGGAUAUAAAAGGAGCCACACUUUGGAACUCUUUUACGGAUAAUUCGUAAAAUUAAUACUGAACGUUACAUCGAUACUCUACGAAAUCAGGCUGACGUAGUUUUUGAAUUAUUCUGUGCUUCGUAGUGUAUCAAUCGUUGCAAGCUCCUUUUUUAAGCGUAACUCUUGAAUCAUAGUAUUCGAGUUUUCAAUAAUUCAUUUCACGUCACUUUCUAGAUAAAAUCGAGCAAGUGUCGCUCACUAGAUCUAAUUAGUUUGUAACUUAUAAUUAAAUUAUUACAAGCCACGUUGUAAUUUUUGAUUAUUCACAUUGGAAUAUAUUGUCGGUUGAUUUGUAUUAACGAUGCAUGAAUAUUACUAAAAUAUAUGAUAAUAGACUAAUAAUGCAAAUAUAAUUCUGUAAAAUCAUAUUUUGGAAUAAUACUUUCAAAGAAUAUAUUUUAAAUGAAGGACGAUCAUAUAUGUAUACAUUGGAAAAUAAAGAUAGAUAUAUCACAAUACACCCGAAUUUAAUCGAAUUUCAGUAUGUAAUAAUAUUGUUCAACAUUACCUCUUAUGCAAUUUUUAUUGAUACUUGUGAUGACGAAGCAACUUUUAAUUUGUAAGUUAAUCUUCGUUUCAUCUUUGCAGAAGAUAGAUGGGAAUGAACUUUAAUACACAAUUGAAGAUUCGUAGAACUUGCAGAAAAGGAUUCUAAAGAAUGAUCAUGUCAAGCAAAAUUAAUGCGGAAUAUUAAAGUAUAUUUUACAUAGAAUAAAAAUGUUAGUCCUUUACCGAAAUGUGAUCAUGAUACAAUAUUAAAACACUAAUUUAUAAUACGAUAGUUGUUUUUAUAUUCAUUUCUAUGUAUACAGAGUAUUUUACAAAAUAUUUAAAAAUUGUAUUUGUAGCUUUAUUUUCUAAUUAUUAAAAUUUAAAAAUUAUCUAAAAUAUUUUUAAAAUUUAAUAAAAUUCUGCCAACGAAUAUAUAUAUAUAUAUAU